CACUGACCAGGCAGGAACAGACUAACUGGGCAGCAGCAAUGUCCCUCCUGUCAUUAACCAACCCUCCCGGCUGGAGCGUGUGCUCUGCUCUCUGUAUCCUCAUCGUGUUGCUUCCAGAGGUCAAAGCAGACAACCUAAACACUACCACUCAGCGCAAUGGCGGGGGAUCCCAGUGUGGGGAGUACACUAACCAGGUGUUGGAGGAUGGGAUGUGUCGGCUGGUGGCCACUCUGCCUCAGCUGGAUGAGCAGAAAUGCCCGGAUAUGUUUCGCUGCACAGAUGAGGUUUCCUACUGGCUGCACGAGAACGAGGAGAGGAAACAGCAGAUUGCGGCGCUGAAGGAGACCAUCUCUGAACUGCAGGAGGAGCUGAGGAACCAUCGGCACCGCAUCAAAGUCCUGGAGCUGCAGAGUGAAGAGAGGAACCACUUGAAUAUCUCCUUGGAGCAGCGUUUUCAUGAGAUGGAGGCUCACUAUGUUGAAGCCACCACCCUGCUGCACCUACAGGGCACUCUCAUCCUAGAUCUCCAGAACCAACUCCAUAAUCUGACACUUUUGGUGGAUAGAGUAAAAAGAAGCCCCGGGUGCUUGAUCAACAUCGUCCGCCCCAACCCACUGAUGAGCGCUCAAGAAGCUCUUCACCCGGAGAUUCAACAUGUGAGGAACUGUCCCAUAGACUGUGCCUCCAUCUACUACAAUGGAGUGCGAAGAUCAGGUCUCUACACAGUAGUGCCAUCACUGGCCGGCAUGCCUGUGGAGGUGUAUUGCGACAUGGACAAAGAUGGUGGUGGCUGGACUGUGAUCCAGCGGCGUGUUGACGGCUCAGUGAGCUUUGACCGCCCCUGGAGGGACUACAGGGACGGAUUUGGUGACCUGCACUCUGAGUUCUGGCUUGGCAACAAACACAUACAUGACCUGAGCACCCAGGGAGACUACAGCCUCCGCAUUGACCUGGAGGACUGGAGUAACAAACACAAACACGCCCUCUACCAGAGCUUCAGUGUGGACGACGAGGAGCAUCAGUAUCGUCUCCAUGUGUCGGGCUUCAGCGGGACAGUGCAGGACUCUUUCAGCUGGUACCACGACAAGCAGGGCUUCAGCACCCCCGACAGUGGCAACAUCUGUGCUGAGAUCUCCCACGGUGGUUGGUGGUACAACCAAUGCUUCUAUGCCAACCUUAAUGGGGUCUACUACAGGGGAGGCCAUUACAUCCCUAAAGGCCGGGGGCCGCUGGGUCCUGAUGGGAUCGUUUGGUACUCCUGGAGAGACUCUGACUACUACUCCCUACGCAAAGUCAGCAUGAUGAUCCGCCCACGCAGCUUUCGGACCCGUCUUUCACCCUGACCCACUGUCUUCAUGACAACGAUUAGGAUGCGGGGACAAUGAUGUGACAACAGUGAUCAUGUGGGCGUGUCACUGGGACAUCAAUUGACAGAGCUCAUCAAGAAGGAAGUGAAUGUCAAUUAUGUCAACAACAGUGCAACCAGAGAGAUGUGGAAAUGGCUUCUCUUCUGCUAUUUUUGGGAGAGGAAGAAAAAAAACUCUGCAGGCUUGAUAUUCCCCAAAACUGCUGACUCAUUUUAUAGCAGCAUAUUUUUGAUUAACACAAAACCUUAUACUGUAGAGUUUUUGGGACAUGGACAUUUUUCACUCAGUCACAGGAAGUGAGUUCUUCCUUAUUUUCUACUACUAUUUUGUACCUUUAGUUUGAUACUUUGACACACUAUUAGCAACCCAGCCAAAACAAAAAAGGAGGUACAUUUGCAUGAUGUGUUGACAGAGGAGUGAAGGGAUCUCACAGUUCCUACCAACCAGAGGAGGCACGUGCAACUGGCAGGCAGAUCACUUGAGACUGUUCGAACGCUCGGCAUAUGGUGUGUGCUCAUUGCAUAUUUAUGAUUACUCCAUUAUUAUCCCAUUUUGCUACUACAAACUAUGAAUUUAAUCGAUUGUGUAAACUUAUUGAAAUCAAAAGGAUUUAAAUAUUAUUCAAACAAGUCAGACAGAAGAACACUGACUUAUGUUAGAUAUAACAACCCCAUCCUUUUAAGUGCUACUGACUCACAGCCUAGGGUCAGGCAGAGAAGAUGUGCUAUUUGAGGAUUGUGUAUACAUA